AGCAUUUUGUUACCCCAUCCCAACUUUUAAAACAUGUUGCCGGUAUCAAACGUUGUUGGGCAACAACAACCGAACCUGUAAGAAAUCUAAAGGACAUCAGUGCUCAUUCAUUCAACUUUCGUCCUAUAAUCCAUGUUGAAGUUGCAAAAACUACAAUCAAAUCUGAGAUUUCUGAGACAAUCAGGUGAAAGAAACAAAUUUAGCCGUCUAGCUCCAUAGACCCCCAUUGUUUUUGCACUUGUUCGUGAUCGCUCCUAGCGGAACUGCAACAGAUUGCAGGUACAAGAGAGCAAAACCCUUCAGUGACGGUUGAAGCUUCGGACGUCAUCAGUCACGUGCUUAUGCCAAUUUGAUACAAGCUCUGCUACACUGUGUCGAAACAGUUUGCUUGGCGGGAGUGAUAGACUACCAGCUUCGGUGCCUCAGUGAACGUCCCAUCACUAGUUUCAGGUUUCACGCUGCUGGCAAUAUUGGAACUUUCGUUACUGUCGCUAGUUUCACGCUGCUGGAGAAAGGGAGCAGAGAGCUUGAGGAGUCAUUUUUCACCUGGAUCCGUGUCGAAUGGAGCAGUCAAUGGAUUAUGGGAAAGAAAGAGUUGUUGCUCUGGUGGAUAUGGACUGCUUUUAUGUACAGGUAGAGCAACGGAUCAACCCGGAAUUAAAGAAUAAGCCAUGUGUUGUGGCUCAGUACAAGACAUGGAAGGGAGGCGGCAUCAUUGCAGUGAGUUAUGAAGCAAGAGCACAUGGGGUCACCAGAAACAUGUGGGCAGAUGAUGCCAAGAAAUUAUGUCCAGACCUCCAGGUGGCAAGAGUCAGGGAGUCUCAUGGCAAGGCAGAUCUUACACACUACAGGGACGCAAGUGUGGAGGUCAUUGAAGUGAUGUCACGUUUUGCUGUGAUUGAGAGGGCUAGUAUUGACGAAGCCUACAUGGACCUUUCUGCAAGUGUAAAGCAAAGACUUAGGAGCAUAGAAGAUGUACAGAUUGAGCCACACCUCCUGACGUCCACCUUUGUUCAGGGGUACCCACAGGCUACCACCAGCCAGGAUAAGACUGAAGAUGCUAUGUUGGAUAAUGAUGCAGUCAGAUUAAAGGGCCUGGGCCAGUGGCUGGCCUCUUUGCCCCCAACAACGCAAAUGGAUAGUGCAGACCUGCAGCUGGCUGUGGGUGCCAUCAUUGUAGAAGAGAUGCGGGCUGCUGUUGAGCAGUGCACUGGCUUUCAGUGCUCAGCGGGAAUAUCCCACAACAAGGUCCUGGCUAAGCUUGCUUGUGGCCUGAACAAACCCAACCGCCAAACAGUACUUCCCCUCAGCUCAGUUACCCAACUCUUCAGUAGUCUACCCAUUAGCAAAAUUCGUAAUCUUGGAGGUAAACUGGGGGCCUCCAUCACAGAGACUAUGGAAGUAGAGAACAUUGGAGAGCUGGCAAAGUUCACUCAGGGCCAACUGGCUCAGCACUUUGGCGUAAAGACUGGUCAGUGGCUGUAUGACUUGUGUAGAGGAAUAGAGUUUGAGCCAGUGAAGCCUAGACAGCUGCCAAAAUCCAUCGGCUGUAGCAAAAAUUUUCCAGGAAAGACCUCUCUGGCCACCAAAGACCAGGUCCAGCACUGGCUUGAGCAGCUAGCUUUGGAAUUGGAGGAAAGACUGAUCAAAGAUAGGGACAUGAAUGGACGUGUGGCUAAGCUUCUGACUGUGGGAGUGAGGCUUGCUGGAGAAACAAAGCCUAGCAGUUACUCUCGUUGCUGUGCUUUGGCACGAUAUGAAGCCAGCAAGAUCUCCACUGAUAGUUAUGCAAUUAUUAAGAGCCUGAAUUGUGCUGGAAACCACCAGCAAGCCUGGUCCCCUCCCCUCACCCUUCUACACCUCUCUGCCAGUAAAUUCAGCGAUGCUCCCACAGCUUCAUGUAGGGGAAUCACCAGGUUUCUGAGAAAUGAUGUUAUUUCCACCCAGAUACCUCUUUCAUCCCACAGUCCAUCUGCUAGCUUGGCAAUCAACAAUCAACAACUACCAACACCUAAGAGACCAGGAAUGAUCGAGUCCUUCUUUCAGAAUGUUGUCAAGAGAAGGCAAGAUCAUGUUGAACUUUCAGAGGGUGCUGAAAAUGAACUUGAAGACAGUUUACCUGAAAACAGUGCCUCCACCUCAUCCAGCAUGCAAGUAACAUCCUCAUUCUUUCAAAAAAAAAAGUGCAGAGAAAAAACACUUCCAGUCUUCCACCACCACAGCUGAUGGUUCAGGUGUUGCGUCUUACCAGAUGGUGGAGGAUUCCUGUCAGAGUAAUAAACAUGCUGUUUUUCACCCUGAUAAAAAUACAUAUACACCUACCAGUGAUGGCCUGUGUGGCAUGACCGAAGAUUCAUCUGUUCCGGAGUCUACUUUGAGCCUCUCCUCAGAUGACCAUAUGCCAUGUGAUCGGUGUGGACAGGAAGUGCUAGCCUGGGAGAUGCCAGAGCACACAGACUACCAUUUUGCACAAGAUUUACAGAAUUCUUUUUCCUCCCCAUUACCUUCUCUCUCUUCAUCCAAUCAGAUCCCAGCUAACCUGUCCAAAACAAAUAUUUAUCCAAGGUCUAAGACAUCACCUCUCGCCACUGGUAGUAGAAAACCUAGCAGUGGUUCCGGAAGACAAGCCAAAAAGCCAAAGCUAGCGGGCACCGUUACCCUCGAUUCCUUCUUCAAAAGGAGUUAACUUUGAAAAGUUUUGAUAUAGACCUUACAUUUAUUAAAUUUUCUAUUGAUGAGUAAAUUAAAGCCAGAAAUACAAGAUUCAACUCAAGAGAAGCCAACUGUCUCAAUGCACACAUUUCUCGUAUUUUAUUUUUAUUUACAUAAAAGAUCCUGUGACUGCAAACUGUGAGCAAAAUCACCAUACUUGUAUGCUAGUUCAGAUGAGAGGGUGUUAAUCUGUACUUUCAGAAAAUUGGUAAAUAUAAUAAUGGCUUUACUGGUUGGUGGUAUGUUUCCUGAGAAAUGAUACCCGCUUCCAUGGCACCACAGCCUCCCAGUCUGAAGACAUUCCAGUUAACAAGCAACAAGUGGUGGUGUUUUUGUGUUGACAACGUUCUGUUGUAGAUUUAUUAAUAGUGAAAGCAUAAAAUUAGGAAAAUUAAAGUUUAUUUACUACAUUUCUCAUUAUUGUUGUACAGUAGCGUACACUUUUGAUGUAGCCAUUACAUUCAGAGUAUUCUGAAAAUCAAUACCAAUUGAAUGAAUGAAAUGCCAAUUCUUCCAUUGUGCUGCUUUAAGCAGUGGCAUUUGGUGUUAAAGUGGUACCCAGUUAAUCUAAAACUGACUGAAAGGGUCAUCUUCCCUGUGCAUAGUGCUAAACCAGAUGGUCCGGGCACGCAAUGGCAAUUCAGAUGCCAUUCCUACUGCCAACUGCUGUGCAACUGCGCUAAAUGUUACCUUAGUCAUAUGUUACAAUGCUGCUAUGCUCUGAACGUGUCAGAUUGCUAAUUUGUAGCUCUGUUCCAAUGUGACUUCAUUUAAACUUCUCAAGGAGUUUGGCAAAUUGAUAUACAAACGUAAUGCGACCAAAAAACUGGAACUACGUCAUAGGUGUGCAAUUAUCAGGGAAAUAAUUGAUGUUCUAAACACUGCAUCGUUAAACUAGACGUUUUAAACACGCAGUUGCCCCUGGGUCCAUGAUGGGAAAUUUAAAAUGACAGUUCCCCUGUUACUCCUAUCCCUGCUCAUUUUUGUUGUGUGUAGGCCUACUGUGUUUGUCAUGGCCUAAUUUGCCAACAUCAAACAUGUUUUGUAUUCAAAUAUAAAUUCUUCAAAAUGGAAACAUUGACUCACUGUAAAAGCAGUUCACUCACCCAUCCAAUUAGUCAUCCACACAGGUUACUCCCUAACUGACACACCUCACAUGUGUAGCCUACCUCACCUCUCACUCAAUUGCAGUUGCUUUAUUAGCAUGACAGUUGGUGGAACAGUAUUGCCCGUUAGCAAACUCAUUAAAUUCAGAGUGAUCACUCUUCACUAUUACUUUUCUAGUGUAAGAGAACAAAGUCUACUUUGUUUGUCUUUGGGCUUGUGAUUGAUUAUAAGUGUUUUAAAACUUUUCAAUAUGUAAAGUAUGAUAUAUUGAUAAGAAUGAUGUAUUGAAAGCAUGAUUGAUGGCAUAUUAAGAUGUAGGCAUGGGCAAUAGUGUUGUGUGGGUCAACCCGUUACCCGCGGGUCGGGCGGGGGCGGGUAAGCUGGAUCAAAAAAUAUCGCGGGUGCAGGCGCAGCAGGUCAAAAACUGACAAAGCACUUCUCACAGUUCUCACUUAGUUAUUAAUAAUGUAGGCUACAGAACAUUAAGUGCAACAAACCUCCUCCUGCAUAAAACAGGUUAAGAUAGAAGGUCUUGUAGACUAAUCAUAUCUUCUCUUCCCCUCUCCCUCUCCCUCUCACACAGGUGUGUGACAGAGGGCAGAGGGUGCGCUGCAACCCUCUGCAUUUAGUUAUAGCCUACGUCUGCAUUAAGUAGCCGUUCAUAAAAUCAGUUCAUAAAAAUGUAAAGUUUAGGCAACAGAACACAUCUGUGUCAAUGUGUGGAUGCGCGCGCGCGUCCAUCCAGAGAGAGAGAGAGUGAGAGUGUUCAUGUUAGGCUACAUGAUGUAGCCUAUUACUUGUGUUUUACCUUUGAAUACAUCAAUAAAGAAUGAAGGAUC